AUGUCUGGACCUCCCGAUUUCUUACAAUCUGUGCUUGCUGCUCGUGAUGAGGUUGCCGGUCGUCGUUCACGGCCGUGGGUGACGCUCACAUUCGCGCAAUCGCUGGAUGCUAAGAUCGCCGGCGUCGGCGGCAAGCAGCUCAUCCUCAGUGGCAAGCAGAGCAUGGUCAUGACACAUUGGUGCUUUAUCGCACCACGACGUUUGCCGCCUACCCUCGAGGGCGUCCGACGCCACCUCCCGAGGCCGAUCGUGCUGGAUGCCCAUCUCCGCCUCUUGCCUAGCUGCAAGCUGCUUCAGAACUACCAAACCGGACAUGGCCGUCGGCCGUGGGUAGUGUGUCUUCCUGGUGCCUCCGGUGCGGUACAAGCUAGGAGACUCGAUUUGGAAGCGGCGGGUGCCAGAAUCGUAGAAGUUACGGGGGAGCGCGAUAUGCUCUCGUUGUCGAGUUUGCUGGAAACUCUGCUUGCUCUCGGUAUCAAGUCGCUCAUGGUCGAAGGAGGUGCGCAGGUGAUCGGUUCGUUCAUGGCCGAAGCGCAAGAUUGCGUCGACUGCAUCAUCGUUACCACCGCCCCCGUGUUCGUCGGCAGAGACGGCGUAGGAUAUGGCACCCAAGUGCUCGGUUCGCAGAUGGCAAAUACCCAACACGUUCGCAGUGAGAUCAUGGGAGAGGAUACUGUGCUUGCUCUGCGAGUCGGCAGAGCGUUGACCUCAUGA